AUGAGGCCCCUUUGGGGUGCUCUGCUUCUUCAGGCCCUGCUGCUGAGUGGCGCCUCCGCCGAGGAGGAGCGCAAGGAGCCGGGCCCUGGCAAAUGCCACGCUGAGUGCACCAAGCAUGGGUGCCCCUUUGGUAGGCUGGGCGACGGGUGCGAAAUCGACUUCCUAGCACCCUGCCGCCAGUUCCCAGAAUCACACCCCAACUGCGGUGCCCUUGCCGCCAAGAGCUGCGAGUGCUUCCGGAGGUGCAGAGCGUACUUUUGCAGGCAGGACGCAUCCAACAAUACCGUGUGCGAGGGCCUUCCCUCGAACUAUCAAAGCAACCGGGGCUGCUACAUGCGGGAGGGCUACUCUCUGGUCCCGGAAGCGGACGAGCAGGGGGCCAAGUAUUACGUCAACUACACUGCAGGAGCGCCAGAGGCCAACCGCAGCACCGCCCUGUUGUGGGAGCACAUGUUCACUGUGCCGGCGUCGCAGUGCCGGGACCAGUGCAACAAGCGAGGGUACUGCAUCAAAUUCAAGCUGGAGCAGGAUGGGGAGGGCACCUGCCGCUGCUACAGGGGCUACUCGGGGGCGGCUUGUGAGCUGGAGUCCAACGCGUGCUUCCUGGGCUGCAAAGGGCGCGGCAAGUGUAUCGACCACUUCUGCCACUGCCAGCCGCCUUACUUCGGCAUCGGGUGCACCCGGAGCAAGGUCUACCCACCAAACUACUCCCACCCGUCCCCGGCCAAUUUCAAGAUUUACAUGUACGAGCUCAACACGCAGUGGGCUUACGACAAUGAUCACCACAUUGCUUGGACGGGUCACGACCCGUUUAUGGAGGAGUUUUUGGAGAGCCCCGUGCGCACCGAGGACCCCUCGGAGGCCAGCCUCUUCUACAUCCCCGCUUUCCUCUACUCCUACUCGGGCAACAUGGCGGGCGGGGACGAGCACACCCAGCUGCUGCUGGACCACAUCCGCGCCACGUGGCCCUACUGGGACCGCCACGGCGGGCGGGACCACUUCCUGUUUGUGCCCGCCGACCGCGGCACGUGCCCCUGGGGCAGCCGCUUCUCAGACCUGAUCCGCAUCGUCCACUUUGGCAUGCAUUCCACGCGCACCAACCACAACCCCCACUUUGGCCACCAGGGGCACCCGGAGUUUGGGUGCUACAACCCGCUGAGGGACAUUGUGGCGGCUGGCACCGGCGCCCCGCUGUCGCUGCCCUGGGCUGGCUGGCUCUUCUUCUUUGCCGGCAGCAUCCGCACCGACGACAAUGUGUAUUCGGGCAGGACGCGGUUGAUUCUCUCGGAGCUGGUGGCACAGUGGAACGACCCAGAGUUCAGUUUUUCUGGGGGAUACGUCAACAACUACCCAGCUGGGUUCCGGGAAGCCAAGUUCUGCCUGGCGCCCUGGGGGUACGGCUUUGGCAUGCGGCUGCAUCAGUCGAUCCUGGGCGGCUGUGUGCCGGUGGUGAUCCAGGAGCAUGUGUUUCAACCGUACGAGGAGGUCCUGCCCUACGAGACCUUCAGCCUGCGCCUGAGCAACGAGGACCUGCCUCAGCUGCGGGAGACCCUGCGAAGCGUGACUGAUGAGCAGUACAGGGAGCUGCUGGAGGGCGUGGUGCGGUACAAAGAGGCCUUCAGCUGGGAGCGGCACCUGGGCGGCCGCGCCUUCGACUACACGAUCGCCUCCCUGCGGCGGCGCUGGCUGAACUCCCUGUCUCUCUACUGA